UUCAAAAUGGCGAAGAGCGUCUGCACCAUUUUCGAGAUUAGCACCUGUCUUGUUCUCAUGGCUUAUUUCAUGUGGUCAUUGUACUCUGCUUGGACAAAUGGCUUACUCACGACCAGUUUUGUGCUUUGGAAUCAUUGUUCUUUUAUGUCAAACUCUUGCGGCGUCGGAUAACAUACCAGAUGACAAAAAGCUAGCAGACGACACUCUUGUUGAGGAUGAGCUUGAGGCACCAAGUGGAGAGAAUGACGAAAUAUUGCCAGACUUGGAUGAAAUUGAAGGGGACAAUGAUUGGAAUCCUAAUGGAGUGCUUCUGACAGACAACCCAGCUGAUUGGCCAGGUCAUCUGAAGAGCUUUGGUUCUGAGGGCAGAUAUCGCAAUGUUGGCAUCUACAAGAACUUUCCAAAGCCAGAACUGUUUUUCAGUGACAAUGUUGCUCCAUACAUACCUUUAGUUAUGCGCAAUGCUUCAAUGACAAAUGAUGCUUUUGGACUUUGGAAAAAUGACAGCUACUUUCUUGGUUUGCCUCAAGCGAUCACAUACAAAAUGCCUCUUACCCCUACAGCUAACAUAAGUUUUAAGGAGUUCAUCCAGAGGUACAAAAAAGAGAAGCUGGUAUUUAAUGAUGAAGUGCCUUUUUUCCUUGGGGACAACGUGCUAAUGCCAUUACCUUUGUUGUGUGAAUCUGUGAUCAGCAACCUUUCAAAUCAUGUUUUGUUCAUUGCUGGUGAAGAUCGGCAGACCCCUAUUGUACAGAGAAGUGUGGACACUAUGCGUUGUGUGUAUGAUGGAAAACAGGACAUCACUUUAGUCAGUCAGCUGGACUUUGGUAACAAGAUGCCCACUGAGUAUGGAUCAGUAGACGUGAGUGAGGUAGACUAUGUCAAGUACCCAACCCUCAGAGAGUUGGAGUAUCACAAGGCAUCCCUCACUGCUGGAGACUGUAUCUUCAUCCCAACCAAGUGGUACUGGCAGGUGAACUCGCAGGAUAGCAGCAAGUCUGUGGACAUCCUUUGGUACCACAAGGUGAAGCACGUUGAGACAACAGAGUGUAUGGCUCUUGCACUGGAACCCAGCAUAGCCAAAGUUCACUUUGCAGAUCAGACAUCAUGGACUGCUGCUAGAAAGGAUAUAGCACUUCACUAUUUCUCCUCCUAUCUGGUGAUCAACAGCAGCCUCACAUAUGGGUCAUUUGCAGCAGCAGUAAUCAAAGAUAGGAAACUUUUCAAAGACAUGACAAAUUGGACUGAUGAAUAUGAUGAAAUAACACAUCAGCUGUUUCAUCUGCUGGACAUCAACAAGGACAAGAAAUUUAGUCUUGAUGAUUUGGAGACAUUAACACCUAAGCAUAUGGAUGAUUUGCGUGGUCACCUGGAGGACCAGAUAGCAGACUACGAGGAUGUAAUGAAGGACCAGCAGCUGGAGCUUCAGGAAGACCAGGCUGCAGCAACACAGGCUGCCAAAGACCAAAUCACAGCACCGCUGUCCCCAGAUAGUGUACCAAUUAUAAAGCCGGGGCAGGACCCAAAAGAGGCAGUGGAGAACUACAUCAACAACUACCUGAAGGUGCUGGAGGAAGUCAUCCAGGAAAGUAUGUCCGAGCUGUCUGUCACAGGCAAAGUCCCCGACUUCAAGAAGAAGUUAGAGACUCGACAGGCACAAAUAGAUGGAUCUCAACCAUUUGUCCCCAAAGAGAGCAUGCCCACCCAAGAUGAUCACAAGACAGCUCGAGAAGAAGCUAAGGCAAAAAUAAAAGCACAACAGGAAAAGAAAAAAUCUUCUGAUGGAGAAGAUGGAGCUUCUGAAUUUUCUGACACUGAGACCUACCCUGUGGUGGAUGACUCAGUUGUUGAGGAGAUACAGGCAGAUGAUGAUGAGGAAGUCCAGGAGAAACCCAAGCCUGAUUCUAAACCAAAGCCAGGAAAACCAAGUUCAGAAAGACAAUCUAAAUCUCAGGGUGGUAAAUCGGAAAAGGACAAGAAGAGCACUGAUUCAAAAAAGACCAAGACUAAAGAAGGAAAGAAGGAUAAGGCUAGAAAGAAGGGAAAGAAAGAUGAGCUUUAGAGGAAUGUCAAACUUUUAGGUAGAGAAGGGUAUCAUUUACAUCUCAUAGAUGGGUAGUACCAUGUAUGGUUUGACUGAUUUUCAUGGUUUGAUUAUGAAGCAAAAACUAAAAAGCUAAUCAUCUUCACACAUAUAAUAUUAAACUUCAGUAUCUUCCUUCUACUUUAGAUGCAUGUCUUUCUUUAAUUGAAGUUGUAUGAUAUGGAGAGGAAAUAAUAACAAUGUUAUGAUUGUUUUUUUAGUAGUAUUUUUUUCCUGCAAGAGGGAAAUGAAAUCCUGAAAAAGAAACUGAACCUUAUAAAAGCUAACAGUUCAUUGUUGUGUUGGAACUGCUCUAUUUCACUGCAUAUAUAUGAUUUUGACAAAACAUAUUACUGCUGUGUUAAUUUAAACGAGACUAGGCUCUGGAAAUUGGCAGUCACAGCAGCCUUGAUUCAAGUCGUUCCAACACCACUUUGGUUAUCUGCUAACACCAGUGUCAUAAUGUAUGUCAAACUAGCAGUUAAUUAGUAUCUCUUUUACACAGAGAUUACAUCUAAGAUUCACACAAGACACUUGUUACAAUGUCUAGGCCUAGAUGGGGCUACUAAGCUUGGGAUAGUUGUUAGUCCUAGCAAGUUUGAUUGAAGUGUUUCUGACAACUGCUAUGUAUGCCGUGUUAGUUUUGUAUAUAGAUCAAUAUGACUGUAAACUUUACUGUAAUUGCACUAAGACAUGUCUGAUGUAGCACAAACUACUUCAAAACCUAGAAAGGAAAUAGGCACCAGAGUACGGAGCAUAGUCUACCAUUGAAGUCGUCAUUAUUGGUGCAUUGUAAUUUCCCAAGUUCCAAUAGUCUCAUUUAUCUAAUGUGCAUAUAAUCAAGAACUUCAUGCAGGAUUAUCCUGCACUAUCACUCAUCAUACACUUGCUUAAUCAUACACCAGGAAUCAGUGCUAUGGAGUUAUAUUUGGUCCUAAAUAAAAAGUUUCAAAUAUA